AUGGUGGUUUUCCAGCUGGACGACCUGGAGGUCUUCUUCCCCUAUGACUACAUAUACCCUGAGCAGUAUGCCUACAUGCGUUACUUGAAGAAGACGUUGGAUAGCGAGGGACACUGUGUGCUGGAGAUGCCAACAGGCACGGGAAAAACGGUGGCUAUUUUCUCCCUUAUAACGUCCUAUCAGUAUGGAAAGAAUGACGAGGGGAAAUUCAUUUUUUGCACGCGGACGCACGAACGAGAGAAGAUAGACGAGGAGUGCCGCAAACUGACAGCGACCUUCAUCCGGGAGAAGAAGUACAUCAAUCAAAAAAUAAAUAAAUUAGGGAAUGCACACUCGGAUAGGGAUAGAAUCUCCGAAUUCAUCGUAAAAAAUAAACAACACAUAGAUGUAGAGGAUUAUUUCGACAUUUACAACACGAGUAACUCCCUGGAGGAAUACAAUGAGAUAGGGUUGUGUGGUUAUUUUGAGAAUUACAAAAAGGAGUUUCAAUUCGAGUUGAUCCAGCCAGGUGUGUACACGAUAGAAGACUUGAAAAUACUUUGCAAAGGGUAUAAAAAUGCACAGAAUGUAAGCGUCCCUAUUUGUCCCUACUUUUGCGCAAAAAAAAUUAUCGAAGUGGCCAAGGUAAUCGUCUUAAAUUACCAAUACGUAAUCGACCCAAAGGUAUCCAAGUCGUUGUUUAUUGGAAGAGAUGUAAACAACCGAGUGAAUCUACAAAAAAACGAUAUUAUCGUGUUUGAUGAGGCACACAAUAUUGACAGCGUUUGUCUGGAGGCACUGAGUCUGAAGCUGCUAGGUCAGUCAACUGAGCAGCCAAUCACAUCGGAAAAAAAAGACCAAACUGCAGUUAGUAGUCUAUUCCCCGAGGAGAGUAAAGACUACUCUCUGCUCACUAAUAGCAAUAACGAAGGAGGAGAGGACCCAACGGAGCUACAUUACAGUCCCCUGCUAAUGGAAGAUAUCGUAAAAAAUGUAAUAAUCCCAGGAAACAUCAGAAAAGCAGAACACUUCCUAAAUCUGAUGCGGGUAGUUGUAAUGUACCUGAAAAAAUAUGUCAAUAUUUACGAAAUAACAUCAGAAGGUCCACUUUCCUUUUUGUAUAAAUGUGAAAGGGAGACAAAACUUGACACUUCUUUUUUUAAAUUCUGUUUCGAUCGAUUGAAGGGUAUUUUGAACGCGUUGCAGAUAGUUAACGUGGAGGACUACUCGGCAUUAAAUAUAGUAUGUAAUUUUUGCACCUUGUUGGGGAGUUACUUCCAAGGGUUUAUCAUCAUAUGUGAGCCUUAUCCAGAAGCCACAGGUAUAUAUGACCCUGUGAUUCAGUUUGCAUGUCUAGACUCAUCCAUAGCAAUGAAGUCAGUUAUUAAGAAAUACAGAUCGGUUAUUCUGACUAGUGGGACAAUUACCCCAUUGGAGUUAUACCCUAAGCUGUUAAAUUUCAAGACAGUGUUGACAGCGUCCUUCCCGAUGUCGUUCGAUAGGAAUUGUGUGUGUCCUCUUAUCGUUACUAAAAGCUCAGAUCUCGUUCCAUUAUCCUCUCAGUUUUCUCUACGAAGUGAUAUAACUGUGAUUAAGAACUACGGAAUGCUACUAGUUGAGAUGUGCAAAACGAUUCCUGAUGGGAUUGUAGCUUACUUCCCAUCGUAUAUCUACAUGGAGGAGGUCAUCUCCUCAUGGUAUGAACUAGGUAUCAUCACAAGUAUCCUCGAUCACAAGUUAGUGUUUAUUGAGACAAAGGAUAUCGUAUCUACUACAAUCGCUUUGCAUAAUUUUAAGAGAGCAUGUGACUUAGGGAAAGGAGCUGUUUUUCUCUCCAUUUGUCGUGGUAAGAUCGCUGAAGGUAUUGACUUUGACAAGCACUAUGGUAAGUGUGUGAUCCUUUUUGGUAUCCCCUACCAGUAUACCUUAUCUCGGAUUCUCAAAUCGAGACUGGACUUUCUAAAAGAGACAUACAAUAUCCAGGAGAAUGAGUUCCUAACGUUCGAUGCGAUGAGACAAGCUUCUCAGUGUGUCGGUCGUAUCAUACGAAAUAAGAAGGACUACGGGAUUAUGAUUUUUGCUGAUAUUCGAUAUGCACGCAAUGAUAAAAAGAGCAAGCUGCCUCCCUGGAUCAUCAAGUGCAUGGAUAUGUCUAACGUAAAUCUCACCGUUAGCACAGCUGUCAAUAUUUCUCGCAAAUUUCUGCUCAACAUGUCACAGGAGUAUAAGGAGACGG